UGGGAAAUAGAGGCCUGAGGGUUGGGUUGAACGACCGCCCCUUUUUUUGGAGCAACGAGGGUAGAACAACGUCGUAGAAAAUAUUACCUCUAAGCAACUUUGUGAAUUAGUGUAACGAAACUUGAGAAWCAGAUCAGGUGAAUGAUGGAGUCAGAGGUGGAGGUGAAUAGAAGCAAUGAGUACCCAUCGCUUUACAAAGUCAUGAUGGAAAAACUUAAUGAACAACGACAGCUAGACCAGUUCACAGACAUUACUCUUAUUGUAGAUGGACACCAGUUCAGAGCCCAUAAAGCGGUGCUGGCAGCAUGCAGCCAGUUUUUCCACAAAUUCUUCCAGGAUUUUACUCAGGAACCUCUCGUGGAGAUAGAAGGCGUGAGCAACACAGCCUUUCACCAGCUGAUGGAGUUCACAUACACAGCCACGCUAUCUAUGGCAGGGGAGAGUGAGGCGAAUGAUGUGUGGAAGGCGGCUGAGUAUCUACAAAUGCAGGAAGCCCUCAAAGCGCUCGACGAUAUAAAAAAUGAAAAUUCUUCUCCGCCGUUGAGGAGCAAAGGGCAAAAGAGGAAGAUUGCUGAGACGUCUAACGUCAUUACAGAAACCCUGCCAACGGUAGAGGGGGAGCCGGUGGAGAUUGAUGUGAUGGGUGAAAACUCCAUUGAGGUGAUGGAGUCCGGGCUGGAAGAGGUGGUAGAUGAAGCAAAGACUGCUCAGACAGCAUCCGAUGAUUCCGCUUUGGCUCUUCUGGCUGACAUAACUAGCAAAUACCAGCAAGAGGAACCAACAAUGCAGGAUGUUUUAUAUCAGGAGGAAACCAUUUCAGCCUCCAAGGUCCUGGAGAAUGUUGAGUUUGUCGAGGUCCAGAUUUCUCAAGUGGACAACACAUUUCGCUGCAACAAAUGCGACCGCAAUUUUAAAUUAUACUACCACCUCAAACAGCACCUAAAAACUCACCUGGGCUCAAUGGAGAAGCCUCAUGUGUGUAGCCACUGUGGUAAAUCCUACACACGGGAGGGCGCCCUGAAGCAGCACAUCAGCACGUUUCAUUAUGACACAGAAGAACUGUCUCGAAACAGCCAAAAGUCUCAGAAGAAAGUGCACGUCUGCCAAUUCUGUAAAAAGCACUUUGACCACUUUGGGCACUUUAAGGAGCAUUUACGGAAACACACCGGUGAAAAGCCUUAUGAGUGUCCAGACUGUCAUGAGCGAUUUGCAAGGAACAGCACAUUGAAAUGCCAUUUGGUGGCAUGUCAGAAUGGAGCCGGAGCCAAGAAAGGACGCAAAAAGCUCUAUGAAUGCCAGGUCUGCAGCAGCAUCUUCAACAGCUGGGAGCAGUUCAAAGAGCAUCUCAUGUGCCACACUGGAGACAAACCCAACCACUGCACCAUAUGUGACGUGUGGUUCACCCACCCCAAAGAGCUGAAGAUCCACCUCAAAGAAGGCCACUCCGUCAAGGACAAGUCCGCCGAGCAACUCGUCAUCACGGACUCUGCUGCCUCUGCCGCCCUCACCAUAGCCACACAGGGCAUAGAAGAGGGAGCCGAAACUGUUCUGUUGGACGAYGGCCUGCAGGUGGAACACGUCACAGUGGAGCCUAUGAGUGUGUUGGGAAUGGGGGACGCCGCGACUGUCGUGGUGGGGGAAGAAGGWGUCGAAGGGAUGUGUGAGGAAGAUAUGGAGAGGUUAAAACAGGCUGGGCUGCACAUCCAGGUGGUGCACGUGACCACGACGGAAGCUGACGAGCAGCACAUGGUGAACUCUCAGGUGGAAGUAGAGCUGGACAGUGGCAUUGUAAACCUGGAGGACGUCGAACAAACAGUGGUUGUAUGAGAAUGUGAAGAAGCAUUUGUUUAAAACAUCUGAUGGACACUCUUCCAGUAAUGAGCAGGUGAAUUAUCCCACUGUAGACAUUUUGUUUUUCUGAUGAAGCCCUGCAUGUGGAGAUUAUUAUCUCAAUAUGUGCAGCUGUCACAAUGAAWGUCUAGUCACUUAAUUCUGAGGAUUUCACAUGUGUAACGUUUCUUUCUAUUGCUGUAUUAUUUUAAAAACCGUAUCCAUCUUUGGUGUUUUUAUCAGCAAUGAGUUCAUUUUUUGUGCUUUACAGUCRAUUUUUAUAGCUUAUUUGGUUCUGUGAACUGAAAUCAGUUGCCAUUACUGUUGAGGAAUAAAAUGUUGCAGGAGCUCUWUCUAAAUCUGCUCUGUGCUGCUGCUGUUUCACACUUUGCAAA